CUCAGUCCCGUGGCCGCUGCGGGAUGGCCGCCCGCCGCAGCGCAGGCGGAACCCUGGGGGCGGACCCGGUCGGCAGCCGGCGCCUGUUCGCCGCCGCCUUCCGCCGCCCCGUCGUUACCCCGGCAACGCCGCCGCCGUGGGAGCGCGGAGUCCGGGCCGGCCGCAGGAUGAUGCUCUCCCGUGCCAAGCCGGCCGUGGGGGGUACCCCGCCGCCGGGAGACAGGCGAAGAAAGAAAGGGAAGGAGGUGCCGCAGCUGGAAGAACUCCUGGCCCAGAGGGACUUUACCGGCGCGAUCGCCUUGCUGGAGUUUAAGCAGCAAGUGGGUGAGCAGGAGGAGGAUGCCAACCUUUGGAUUGGAUACUGUGCAUUUCAUUUGGGUGACUACAAGAGAGCUCUGGAGGAGUAUGAGGCCUUAACCAAACAACCAACUUGCAAUCCAGAUGUUUGGGUGAACCUUGCCUGUACGUACUUCUUUCUGGGGAUGUACACGCAAGCAGAACAAGCAGCUUUGAAAGCACCAAAGAGUGGUCUCCAGAACCGCCUGCUCUUUCACCUGGCACAUAAGUUCAGUGAUGAAAAGAAAUUGAUGAGCUCUCACCAGAAUCUGCAAGAUAUUACAGAAGAUCAGCUUAGCUUGGCAUCUAUCCACUACAUGCGGUCCCACUACCAAGAGGCGAUUGAUAUCUACAAACGCAUUCUACUUGAGAAUCGGGAAUACCUGGCUCUGAAUGUAUAUGUGGCCCUAUGCUAUUACAAACUGGAUUACUAUGAUGUAUCACAGGAAGUGCUAGCUGUUUAUCUUCAGCAAGUUCCUGACAGCACCAUUGCUCUUAACCUUAAGGCUUGUAACCAUUUCCGACUUUACAAUGGGAAGGCUGCUGAGGCAGAGCUCAAGAACUUGACUGACAGUGCCUCAUCAUCUUUUGAGUUUGGCAAGGAGCUCAUUAAACACAAUCUGGUGGUUUUCCGAGGAGGAGAAGGGGCUUUGCAGGUCCUGCCUCCUUUGGUUGAUGUUAUUCCUGAGGCAAGGCUGAAUCUUGUGAUUUACUAUCUCCGGCAAGAUGAUGUGCAGGAGGCUUAUAACCUGAUUAAGGACCUGGAACCUACAGCUCCACAGGAGUACAUCCUCAAAGGAGUUGUAAAUGCAGCACUUGGACAAGAAGUUGGCUCAAGAGAUCAUCUGAAAAUUGCUCAGCAGUUCUUCCAGUUGGUCGGGGAAUCAGCCAGCGAAUGUGAUACCAUUCCAGGGAGACAGUGCAUGUCCUCCUGCCUCUUUCUUCUUAGACAGUUUACUAAUGUCCUAAUUUACCUCAACUCAAUCAAGAGUUACUUCUACAAUGAUGACACUUUUAACUUCAACUAUGCUCAAGCCAAAGCUGCAACGGGCAAUUUUAAAGAGGCUGAAGAGGUGUUCCUUUUGAUCCAGAGUGAGAAGAUAAAGAGUGAUUUUAUUUACCUUAGCUGGCUAGCUCGCUGCCAUAUUAUGAAUAAGAAACCGCAGUUGGCCUGGAAGCUCUAUAUGAAGAUGGAAACCUCAGGGGACUCCUUUAACCUGUUGCAGCUCAUUGCAAAUGAUUGCUACAAAAUGGGUCAGUUUUACUAUUCAGCCAAAGCGUUUGAUGUUCUGGAGAGACUGGACAAUAAUCCUGAAUACUGGGAAGGCAAGAGAGGUGCUUGUGUGGGUGUAUUUCAAAUGAUCUUAGCUGGCCAAGAAGCAAAAGAGACUCUGCGGGAAGUGCUGCAUCUUUUGAAGAGCAAUGGUAAUUCUCAAGUAGAAUAUAUUGUCCGCAUCAUGAAAAAGUGGGCCAAGGAGAACCGAGUCCCUGUUUAAGUCAGUACCACAAAAUGAACUGGGCAUUCAAGGCAAGAUUUUUUCAGAUUUGUAAAAUGCUUAGUCCUAUGGAAGACUAGAAAUCAGCAUGACACUAAGAAGUAACUCAGUCUCAAAACAGUGAAGAAGAAUUCAGGUAAGAAUAGGCUGCACAAUUACUUACCAAUGUCAGGGGUAAUUCUUUUAAGGUCGGCAAAAUGACAUUUGAAAUAAAACUGUUAUACAGAAAAUGUAGCUUGUUUUCACAAGCAAUUCUGAUAUGUACCAUCCACUCUAUUCUUAAAAUCGUCACUGCUUUUGCUGCUAUCCUACAUGUGUUUUAAUAUGCUCAAAAAACUUUACAUUUGAUAUGUCUUCUCAGAAUACAACUUGAGGUGGGAAGAAUAUAGUUUUACAAAAUUUCAUUUGUCUAUUUAAAUUAUUCAUGUAUGGAAAAUCGUAUUUUGUAAGUAAUUUUUCAGAUGCUAUUUUUAAUGCUGUGGCAGCUCAAAAGAAGCUUUGUGUUGAAUCUGCAAUCUCGGUAUGUAGUUAAUUCUCGGUGAUAAAUAUGUGCUUUGCUUUUUGAAGGCAAUUUGGCUUGGAAAUAAAAUCAUGGAAGUAUGAAAAUGCUGAAAUGCACAUGCAAAGUAUGCUUCUGACUAUUCUGAUUGUAAGCUUAUAUGAAUGUUAAACAUGUCGCAAUUUGUAUAUGCAAGCACCCUCAGAUGUCUGUGAUAAUGUGCACCUACUUAGGUGUAGAACUUUAUAUGAGUAAAAGCAGUUUCCAAAGUGCUCAGAGGCAUUGAAAAACUCGGUUAGGAAACUGGAGUUUUGUUAAAAUCAGUCUGAAAGUGAAAGGAAGAAUUAAAAAAAAAAAAAUUCUGCGAGGUCACAGCCAAAUAUGUUGUAUGUCUUUAUAACUUCUAGAAGGUUGCUUUGCAAUCUACAUAUAUGUAUUACAUAAAAUUCUUCUUUUCGGGAGGAUGAACGUUGCUUGACAGAUGUUUCCUGAACAGUAGCUAUAUUAAUUUUCAUAUAUUAGAGUACUUAAUAAAAAAUAAAUUUCUGAUAAUUAUUAAAAUAUCUAUAAUUCUCUAAAAACUAGAAAAUAUCACAGUAGCAAGCGACCAAGGCUUGUCUAGCUUAUAGUCUGCCUGACUCAAGGGCACCUAGAGUGUCUUGUCCUAGGUCAGCACCCACAAGAGAAACUCUGAGCAAGAGCAAUCCUGUGGCAUUUGUACUGCUGCGAAUUACUUACAGACUGUUUUACCUCAUUAAACAGCAUUACUGCUUUUAGUGUAGAGAUUGCAAUUCAAACUGAGAACUCCCUAUCCGGGCAAUCCUCCUUAUUCAUGUUACAGGUGGGUGGGAGAGCUACUUGAAAUUGUGACUCAUUCUUGUGUGGUUUUAAUUACUAUUGGAAGAAUAAAACCAGCAGACAACAAUACAGAGAUAAGAAAAUUAUCUGACUCCGAAGUUUCAGACAGGCUGGUAAUCUUUGGCUGCCUCCAGGGGUGCUGGCCUGAUGGAACAGGCUUUUCAUCAGAAAUAAACAUCCCAUGCCACAGGUAUCUUUAAAGAAAUAGUGCAAAUGAGGAAAAGUGAGGGACAACUCCCCAGAGCACAAAAUCCUUCUCAAUCUCUGUAAACAUCUAGGUGGUUUUACAUUUUCAAAUGAGCAGGUGUGAAUCAUAAAAGAGCUACCAUUAAGGAACUCUAUUAUUUUCAAAGACAGCUCCUCUUCAAUUUUAAACUCAGCUUAACUACUGUUUAAGUGACAUUGUUAGUCACAAUCAACACAUAAGAGGCAGAUGCUCCUCAGUUUAAGCUUCCUCACCAGUUCAUUGAAAUCUGCUCCCUUUCUAUACAACUGUAUUUUUAAUGAAAAAAACUUGUGUGUGUGUAUUACUGGGUACUCCUCUACAAAAUCCCUUCUUUGUUUAUUUCUGAUGUAACCCUUCUUGCUAUUCUUUAGAGCUACAAGAAAAAUUCCAGAAUUAAUAUAAAAUAAGCUAAAAGGUUAUUUUAAAGAAUCAUUGAAUCGUUCAGGUUGAAAAAGACCUUUGAGUUCAUUGAGUCAUUUACCCAAACUGCCCAGUUCACCACUAAGCCAUGUCCCUAAGUGCCACAUCUACACAGCUUUUAAACACCUCCGGGGAGUGUGACUCAACCACUUUCCUGAGCAGCCUGUUCCAUUGCUUGACAACCCUUUCGGUGAAGAAAUUUUUCCUAAUAUUCAAUUAAAACCCCCUCUGGUGCAAUUUGAGCCAAUUUUCUCUUAUGCUGUCGCUUGUUACUUUGGUAAUUCACUGGCUCUAAUUUUCUUGUGAUCACGUAGAAGGUAACUAAUAUUUUUUUUGCCUUUAUUUCUUCCUCCUUCUUAGACAAGUAAAGAGUAAACCUGCAAAGGGGAAUUUUUUAAGGAUUGUAGACCUCUAACUAAUCUUCACUGCUUGGCAGAGAAAACCUCUCAGGGGCUAACAUUCCCAAAUUAAUGUUAGUUAAGACACAGAGUCCACCACUUCACCUGGAAUCAUUACUACUGCAGAAGUUUACAGCUUAUUUGUCCGCCUUAACUGAGUUCAUCCUUAACAUUAGGAAAGUGUAAAGAUGAAAGUUGUCAGCUUGCUCCAGCCAGAAAUUCUGACACCAGAAGCAGAAAUAGUUAUUAACAAGUAAAAAAUAAGUUGUAGCUAGAAAAGUGUUCUGUUCUUGUUACUUACAAUUGAUUUUGCUACUGUUAUCUAAGGGAACAAAUUACUUAUGUUCUGCUUGGUAAAUGCACCUACUUAAGAGCUGAUGUUUAAUGUCUCAAUAUUUCAUCUUCUCUCCAGGAUCAAAAGCUGUUCCCAUAGCAGCUUCUUUGAGCAGCUUGCUCUUCCUUGGCAAGCAUGCUCUUCUUCUUUCUUUUUUCUCUCAUUGCUUUUUCUUCCCAACCUGCUAUUCUGUCCAAACGCAGCACUGGAGGCUUUGAAUUUUCUCUGAGGUUCCUCUAAGUCAACAGUCUUACCCUAUCUAUUAGCUUAAAGUAUGUUACAAUGUUCUGUAGAGCAUCACCAGUCAUACGGAAGUUUGUCAGUUUUGAAGUUCUCAUUGAGAAAUUGCACCUGAACAGCAUGGAUGAUAGAGAACACCCCCCCCCUUGAUUGCCAUGACACACCCACUCACGUAAAUUCCUUUACUUUUUUCACAUGAAAACUUGUCCUGAUUUCUAACUUAUUUUUAAUGUGAGAUAGAAGCCAACAUUUUGUUUUCAUCAGCUACCUGCCACAGUCAUGCCAUUUAUGUUGUCCUGACACACAAUAUGGUGUUGGAAGACCACUCCUCAUCUCAGCAAGUGAACAAAAGAUGCACCUAAAUCCGCUUCUAGAGGUAAAAAGCACCUCCAGUUACAGGAGCAAUAACAACCUUUUCCAUAAAAAUUGUUGCCACUCUUAAAACUUCCUUUUGCCUUUGAAACUUUGCACUUUCAAUCAGAUUUGUUCAAAGCUUUUCUUGAAGCUCUGGAGAGGAAUCCAGUGUCUCACAGGCUCAAACUUUCAUUCUGCAAGAAGUAAGGUUUAACUAGUUCACAGGGAGCACUAUACCAGUGCAUGGGAUAAAGUUCACAAUCAUGGUUCCUCUGCUUCAAAAUUGUGACAAAUGAAUAUUACUGUCCUGCUAAAGGACAUCAUAAUUACCUGAAGCUAACGCACUCUUUCUAGAGUGAAUCUGGCAUUUCUCUACCUGCUGACAGUCCUUCCAAACACCGUGUACUUCACUGAAAAGUGUACUUUGGACUUUCUAAGGCUGUGGCAAAGCUGCUGGUAAGAUUUAAGUACAUGUGCCUGAGGAGAGAAAACUAGAGGUAUGUUCCACAGGGAACAGGAGUUUUACUUUAAAGAAUAACAGUGAUUAAAAAAAAAAAAAAAAAGAUGGGGAAGGAUCCUGCAGAGAAAUUAGUUUUCCAAAUGGUUUCAAUGGCAUUGGUGUUUGGUUUUGAAAAGAAAGGGGGGGCUUAUUCCUUGAUUCUGGAUCUGGCAGGAAGCAACUUCAUAAAGUUGUAGGAGGGAAGAGAAGUUAAAAAAAAAAAAAACCAAAAAAAAAGCACUUGAAUUCAGAGAGCAUCAUUAAAAAGAAAACCAGCAAUGCCAGCCAUGUUUUUGGUGCAGUGGAUUCUUAUGAUGCAGCAGCAGUUCUAGUAAAAGCUACACAAACACCAAACACCUGCAGCUGUACCAUCUCCUGACACAGCAGUGGAAGUUGCAAGUGCUGUGGCAGCAGCUUUGGUGAAUGGACCAUAAGGAUCAACAAGAUGCCUUGUUGGACCAUAAGAAACCAAGGAGGAUAUAGUGAGGAAGCAACCGAUGGAAAAACGUAGGUCCCAGUGCUCAGCUGAAGCAGAAUACAAACUGCCAUCCUGUGCCACCUAAGCUUGUUAUUGGUAUAAGCAAAACACGUUUACUCCCGCAUUCCUGUCCAAGGACAAUAAGCUCAUAGCUCAUGGAAGUAAAGUAUUCAGCCUUUGAAGCUGAAAGCUCCCUGGAGACGGACAUAACUGAUAAGGACAGCUCUGCCUUCUCAUGGGACCCUGGGCUUGCUGCUGUAGACUGUCCAGCCUAGAGAAGCCACAGAGGCAGCACAGCAGCUUCCAUUAGGUCCAGGAAAACAGUGAGCACUGGUCUAUAAUGAAACAGGGUACAGCUCUGACUCUACCACAACCAACAGUAACAGCCCAAAAAGAAGAGAGAGUGCUACAGACAGAGAAGCCAACCCAAAGCAGAGCAGGGAGAUCACACUUGCACCAGGGUAGAGGCCUCUAGUGGCUUGCUGCGCUGUCUCUGUUUUCUGUAUUUGAAACAAAGUCGGGUCAACAAACUGCCACUCACUGAUGUGGCUGUAGCAUCUGUAGUUCCAAGCAUCCACUCUGUCUGAUCUGCUUAUACUGGCUUUCACUAGUGAAAUAAAAAGCAGCUUCAAUUUCACCUCAAACUUA